AUGCUUUCCUGUUUCCUCCUAGGCAGUGUCAUAGCUUACGGCUUCGUUGUGGGGAUUUACCGUCUCCAUGUCCAUCCUCUCAGCAAGUUCCCCGGGCCACGACUGGCCGGUUUGACAGGCCUCUAUGAGCUUUACUUUGCUGCGUGGGGGGCGGAUUCUUUCAGUACCGAAAUCGAGAGAAUGCAUCAAAAAUAUGGCCCCGUUGUACGCAUCACUCCGGACGAAGUACACGUUCAGGAGCAGCUUUUCAACCCAGACUCUGCGGACGACUGGAUUAAAGGCACCAAGGCCCUGGAUGCCCGGCGUCAUCAAUCCGGGUACCCCAGCCAGGGAUUCCAAAUUAGGAAGCGAUCGAUCUUGCGAGUGGGCUUGAUUCUCCAGGUCGAGGUCCAUCAAAUUAUCCGCGGCCUGGUGCAAAAACAUCAGAUUGACCGGGUAUUCAGCUCGCAGGCUCGGUCAUUGGUCUCAAUCCCCGAGAUCCGCCCCCUUGGCGAGGAUGCUGCGGAAGGCAGCGAUCUAGAAGAUGGGCCUUCCGAGGACUGGCGGUCGCCUCGACCAUAUCCACAGCGAUCUAUGUCCGAGUCCAGCAAGGACUAUCUCCCUCCAUGCCCAACCACAGCGGUACCCAAAGGUUCUGGGGUCCGGUUGCCAAUAGGCAAUCCCUACUUGACGGUCCAAAGAAUGAGUCGUUGA